UUAUAAAUUUAUAAUAUUAUAUGCAUAUUUUUGUUUUGUUUGCAUUGUGCAACUUUGCAAUUUUUCUUAUUUUCAUGCACACUUGUGAGUUAACUAUUUUUGUUUAACAUUAUUUGCUGGUCACUGAGCCCCUAGUAGUUCUCCUAUGAGUUGUUGAUGGGGAGAAGCUCGCUGUGGGCUACAUAUAUGAGGGCAUGGAUAGGGCCAAGGAGGCCAUUAGAUCCAUAUAUGCUGGAGUUGAGGAUAAGUAUAGGCCCAUUUGGGACAUAAUUGAUAGAAGAUGGCAUAACCAACUUCGUAGGCCCAUCCAUGCAGCAGCUUAUUACCUCAAUCCAUCAUUUCGUUUCCAUGCUGAUUUCAAAGCGGAUGAGGAGGUUCUUAGCGGGCUAUAUUUAGUAGUACAACGGAUGGUCACUGAUACCACAACUAUACUUUUUGAGAUGGAUGCAUUUAAUAAUGCAUCAAGGGCAAUCUUUGCUAGCCAAUUGUGCAAAGAGGGUCGGACAAAAUUGCAGCCAGAUAGAUGGUGGCAAAUGUUUGGGCCUUCAACCCCAAACCUUCAAAAAAUUGCCAUCCGCAUAUUGAGCCAGCCGUGCAGCGCUUCUGGAUGUGAGCGCAACUGGAGCAUGUUCGAGCACAUCCCCACUCGAAGAGGCGAAAUAGAUUGUCUGUGGAGAGGUUGAAUGAUCUAGUCUUUGUUCAUUACAACCUCCGUCUCAGGACCAGACAGAUUUUGGACGAUGACUUCUCUCCGAUCACUCUAGAGGAAGUCGACCCCGAGUCCGAUUGGCUCACUGAGUCCACCGAUCCAGUCUUCACUGAUGAGGACCUUGAGUGGGUUGACCAGGUAGACAGAGAGGCUGAGGCUGUGGCUAUGGCAGAGGAGGAGGAUAGAGCACGAUCAAGCACAACACCUAUGGCUACUCAGACUGGCACAUCACAGGCAGAGACUAUGGCUACUCAGUCAUCCAGGACCUACCUUAGACGCCUUUGUAGGAGGCAGAUAGACGAGGCUGAGCCUGAGCUUGAGCCAUAGACUUGUUUUUUUUUACACUUUACAGUUAGAUAUAUGUUUGGGAACAUUUGAAGUCAUGGAUUUUAUAUUAUACAUUGGACAACAUUUUAACUCUAUAUAUCUAUGUUUUCUAAUUCCUUCAGCUACAAUUUACAUUUCUAUGCAUGUGAUGGAUGUAUGUUUAUGUAUGUGAUCAAAUUAGCUUCUAUUUGAUGAUGUUAUAGUGUCUUUAAGCUUAAUUCAAUAAUGGGUGUAUGAAACAAGUUUUAAAUCAUUAAAAAUCUCUAAAUUUCAAGGGUUUUCUUAUUUUGCCGAGUCCGAGCCGAGUCAGCCUUGCCGAGUCAGAGCCGAGUCCGAGUCUAGGAAAAGACCUGAAGCAAAGAAGAUUGUGAGCAUUGUUUUUGAUGAAGGGUUCAAUAAAAGUGGAGAGGAGUUGACUGCGGUGACAAAACCUUUGGUAAGGGUUCUUCGUAUGGUGGAUGGAGAGGGCAUGCCAAUGGGUUUCAUUUAUGAGGCCAUGGAUAGGGCCAAAGAGGCCAUUUCACAUGACUAUCGUGGAAAUACAAGAAAAUGUGAAAUCCUUUGGCGCAUCUUUGAUCGUAGGUGAACAAACCAACUCCACCAACCGAUACAUGCCUUCGCCUACUUUUUGAACCCGAAAUUCUACUCCUCUGAUUCAUUUAGGGCCGAUGAGGAGGUCAUGGCAGGUGUUAUUGCAUGCAGUGAUAAGAUGGCACCUGAUCCUGAGUUGAGAGACAAGGUUCUUGAUGAGUUGGAGAUCUACAAAAGUGCAAAGGGGAGACUCUUCUCAUCACAACUAGCAAUUGAUAGGAGAGGAAAACAACAACCAGAUUUAUGGUGGGAGAAUUAUGGUGCUGGCACGCCUAAUCUUCAAAAGAUAGAUAUCCGUGUUUUGUCUCAGCCAUGCAGUGCUUCUGGGUGUGAACGAAAUUGGAGUGUAUUUGAGAGCAUUCACACAAAGAAGAGAAAUAUAUUAUCACAAAAGCGGCUCAAUGAUCUAGUAUUUGUUUGGUACAACCUUCGCCUUCGAGUUAGACAGGUGGAGGGUGUUUCACAUGAGGCUAUUGACUUGGAUGAAAUUGAUCCAUAUGGUGAUUGGACCAUGAAUGAACAAAAUAAUGGUGACGAUGCCCUCCUUACCAAAGAAGAAAUUGCAGAAAUAGAGAGAGGAGCAGCACAAGAUGCAGAAGGAGCAAGAUUGGAUGAAAUGGAGGAUGAAGAUGAGGACGAAGAUGAGGACUUUGACUUUGAAGAAGAAUCAUCUCACCAUUUAGAUACCACAACACCCACUGCUACUACUUCUAGCUCAAGGCUUGAAAAAUUGAGCUAUAUUAGGAAAAAUACAAAGUGGAAGAUGUUGUGUUGCAUGGGUACCCGUACCCAACCCCCUAGAAUGCGUACCAGAGACUGGUACGCGUCUCUCGUACCGGAGACCCGUCAGGAGAUGUCUCUACACAUAGGAGACUCCACGUCAACAAACCCUCCCGUCUCCACCCUAAAUAACACGCGCAAAAGUCAAAAAAUUUGACGCAAUGCAUGGGCAGAAGCAAAAACCACUGACGUGAGCCCCAUUUUUA